GAAACUCUCUCUUGCUCAUGUGCCUGAAUUCGGAGCCCACCAGUUAGCAUCACUGGAAGGUACUUGUUCCUUAGUCUUGAACGCAAUACUCAGCCCUUUCUGGUCGUGGACCUCCAGCCUGCUAUUCAACCAUGGACCGCGAGCGCGGAAGCGACCUCUUUUCCCGGAGCAUCCCCGACGAGAUUCUCGGCCUCAUCCUCUGUCGAGUCGCCGCGGGCGGACGCAAGUUCGACCACGCGCUGGUCAGCAAGCGAUGGCACCGAGUCGCCUGCCACGUGCACCCCGGCGUCGCGUGGAUGCGGCAAGACGCGUGCGACGAGGCGAGUCUCGAGCGAGCCGUCAACACCUUUCCGUCGCUCGCGGCUCUCUCUGUGGCCGUCACAUCGCAGCUCCGCUCCUUCCCCGACUUCCAGCCGGGUCAACUCCGCGCGCUCAAGACGCUGGACCUCGGAUGGCUCGACGCGCUUCAGCGCCUGCCGGACGCCAUGUCGCGACUCACGUCCCUCGAGUCGCUCUCCGUCACCGAGUGCCCUCUCCUCGCCUCCUUCCCUCCGUCCGCGCUCCAUCUUCCCCGGCUGAAGGCUCUCGUCUUGCGUCACCUCGCCUUGCUGGCGCAUCUCCCGCCGUCCGUCGCAUGCCUGGCGUCGCUGGAGUCGCUGCAAGUGUCGCAUUGCCCGCUGCUCGCGUCGCUUCCGGAAGACACGGGCGACCUGCCUCGACUCAACCGCCUCGCCCUCGCGCAUCUCCCCGCAAUGGAGCACCUUCCCGCUGGCCUCGGUUUCCUGUCCGUGUUACAGCACCUCUCGCUUCAGCACAUGAAGAGCCUCCGCGUUAUCCCCGCGUCCUUCUCGGCGCUGUCGUCUCUCCAUCUCCUCGACCUCGCCUCUCUCCCCUCCCUCUCAACGCUCCCAGAGUGCGAGCGCCCAUUCCCGCGCCUCGUCGAGGUGCAUAUUAAAGACCUCCCCGGGGCGACAGCGCCCGACAGCUUCUUCCGCCGCAUGCCCGCGCUGCGCUACCUGCGCUGCGAGAAUAUGGCGGGCGUCCCGCCGUCGCUCUCCUGCCUCACCAGCCUCGCGUCGCUCCACGUGCACAGGUGCCACAGCGGCACGGCCGCCGCGCUGCCGGACGGCAUGGGCCAGCUCGCGCGCCUCGAGCAGCUGCGGCUCGACCAUCUCGACGGGCUCGCGGCGCUUCCCGAGUCGCUCUGCUUGCUCGCGCGGCUGCGGCUGCUCGAAAUCGAGGGCCUUCCUUGCCUGUCGCGCCUGCCCGAAAACUUCGGACAGCUGGAAAAGCUCGCGCAGCUGAAGCUCCGGAGCGUGUCGGUGGAAAGCCUUCCGGAAUCCAUCGGCUCGCUGUCCAGCCUGGAGGAGUUAAGUAUUUAUGGCUGCCCGAUUCUCACGCGCCUUCCAGACGCGUUCAGCCAGCUGCCUAAGCUUAGGACGCUCUCUGUGGAGAACUGUCGCCGGCUGCAUCAGCUGUGUCCCUCCAUGGCUGCGUGCGCGAGCCUCGAGAGCCUCACUGUGUGGUGGUGCGAGAAAUUCGAGUCCCUGCCCGCGGAUUUGGCGGAGUUGCCCCGGCUGAAGAGGGUGCGCGUGCACAGGUGCCCGAAAUUGCAACGCGUGCCAGGGUCGCUGGAAAAGGAGGGGUGCGCAGUGAAGGUGAUUCAAGACUAGCGGGGGUCUAGAAGGGCCCGGGAUGCGUGUGUGGGGGACCUAAGCGAUAGAUUUCCGGGAGAAUCCCGAGGCUCCAUCCAGGCCAGUGUCGAGACCAGGGCACACAUAGGUUCCGGGUCCGUGGGAGUUGGGAAUUUUGAGUUCUUCUGGUAUGUACUUGGGGAGAGGAAACCUUUCGGGAAACUGGCGUGCAAGACUAGUGUCGAAGAAUUGGGGUAUCUAAGAAUUGGGGGAAGGGGAAAUGGGGUACGGGGCUACCAGGGUCGUGCAUGGUGGAGGAGCAGUGAAGUGAAGGGAAGCCCUGGGAGGCCUGUUAGCAGUCUUGGGUCCUGAUUUGGGGCUGUUUGCAGGUGUACAUAUUUAUUGAUGGGAGGGCGGCUCAGGAGAGAGGCCUGGGGAGAUUUGGCAGGUUGUAGACCUGCUGUGAACAUGGUUUUUUUUUUUUUUUUUUUUUUUUUUUUCAUGCCUAGCAUCUGCUUUGGCUUGUGCCCAAAUUGGCUGCCACGACAAUGAACUUCCAGCAGUUGUGAGUUGUCUAUGUGUUGACUGUUGUGAUAUAAUUGGUACUUAGC